AUGCCACUCGGACUAAUUGGCCUCAAACCACAGCCACACACGUGGCGGAAAGCAAAGGAAGAUGUUGCAUUUUAUAAAAAGUGCUUUGCGGAUGGAUACUCGUGCUUCUUAUUACCAAUCACUAAUCAAUCCUAUAAGGAAGUUUGCAAAUCCUAUUUUCACUCGAGUCCAAAAUCAAUGGAUACUCUAAAUGCUCCCUUCCCCGAAUUCCACCAUACUGACUUGCAUCCAUGCUUAGAUAUUUAUAAUAUAGUUGGAUUAGUAUCUUCUUGGUUGGAAUUGGAUAAUGAUGAUUUGAUCAUCAAUGAAUUCUCAUCGCAGGUUCUAAUCAAUGAACUAUCAUAUGGUCAUCAUCUAGGAAUUGACAAAUACAUGCUAAGCCCCCCUAAGAAUAUCAAUAAUAUACAAGUUUAUGCAUCCAAUAUUGCAAAGAUAUUGAAACUUUUUCCUUCAAUUCAAAUUAGUAUAUCGUUGCCAAUGUGCCAAGACUAUAACGAAUCAAACAAGGAGUUUUUUGACUUGUACUCAACUUGGGAUACAUGGAAUGUGAUUCGUACAUUAUGUAACUACAAUGAAAACCUCCAUGUAUCAUUGGGCGCACCAAUGACAAAUAUUCCUUCGGCUGUAUUGGAUCGGUGGCUCCACGAGCCAAUAAGCUUUUAUUUGAUUUCCGUUACUAAGUUUAUUUCUAAUGCAAAGUCAUAUCCCGUCUUGAAUAAAUUCAACCAAUUAAUACUAUGGAAAAUGUUACAGUUCAAGUCUUUAGAACUACCUGUAAUCAUCCUCCAUGGAGUUGAUCGCAUUGGCCAAGAGAAUGAACUAGUUGAAUAUGACUCCAAUAAAAAAUCAACAUAUCUUUCAUAUAUCCAGCAUUUAGUUUCAAUAUCUAAGAAGAGCUCAUUUGUGCCUUACAUCAGUGAAUUCAUUCUAUCCGAGUUGAAAGAUUCAGGCGUGAGUAAACAGUUUAUCAAUUCUCCUGCGGUUCUACAAUGUCCACUGGAACCAUUAACUGAGAAUUUGCAGGAUUACACUUAUAACUUAUUUGAAAAAGACAGUUUUAAGUAUGAACAAUAUGGGAGGGCUUUUAUUAAGGCAUUGAUACAGUUGAAUAAAUCCUGGAACUUGGAAGAGAAACCACACAUACUAUUUUUAGGGCCAGGACGUGGUCCAUUAAUAGAUAAGUUUUUUGAUGCACUGGAAUUAUUGCAAACACCAUCAGAAAACUUCACCAUAACUGCCAUCGAAAGGAAUCCUGCUGUAAUGAUAUACCUAAAGCAGAGGAAUUCUCAACUUUGGAAAAACAAUGUAAAUAUCUUAAAUAUGGAUGCCAGAGAUUACGAUAAUUCACAGUAUGCAGCAUUACACUCGAAAGUAAACAUGGUCAUCUCAGAAUUGAUUGGUAGCUUUGGCUGUAACGAACUAAUGCCAGAAUGCAUUGAUAGUAUAUCCAAUUCCGUAUUUUGUGAUCCUCAUUGUGUUUUCAUACCUCAGAAAUUGGAUUGCUAUGUUGCUCCAGUUUUGGCCCCUAAGUACUGGAAGCUUGCUUUGAAGCUAUCAUUUGAUAAGAUGUAUAUCCCCAUGAUUCCCGAAAUGGAACUUUUCUCUGAGAGACCAGAACCUGUUUGGAGCUUUGUCAGUGAGUCAAAGAAAAACAACCAACAUUUGCAGCAAACACACCAAGGCAGUACCAAUCAUAACGAUUCUAACAGUAGUGACAACGUCUGCACCAUAGAUAAUGCAUUCAGCACCAACAAUUUGUUUAGAAAUAAACACAAUUCGAGAAACUCAAGGAUAUCCAUUCAGAUUGAAAAAAAGGGCACUUUACAUGGACUAGCAGGCUAUUUUAAGGCAGCACUAUUUGACGACAUUGAAGUUAGUAAUUUACCCAAGGAGGUUGGGAUGAGAGACUGUGUUUCAUGGCUUCCUGCAUUUUUCCCAUUGGAAUCACCACUCAACAUGUUUGAAGGGCAGGAAGUUUCAGUUUUCAUGCAGCGGAUUUGUUCCGGUCCUAACGUGUGGUACGAAUGGUCAGUACAAGGUUUUUUGUAUACAUUGUUAACAAACUCACUAGCUCAUAUUCCUCAUAAUUCCCAGGAAAACUCCAGACUCACAAAUAGCUCGCAGAUGUUAUCAACAUCAAAUAAUCCUUCGCCAAAGAAAAACAGUAUGAAGCAUAUAAACUCUCCGGCAAAUUCUUACGAUGAUGCCAAUGCACAGUAUACCAUGAGUUUAGAGAGAAACCUAGUAUCUAUCAACGAAAAUAAGGUCAGACUCUGUACAGGUACCUCGAGAAUACAUAAUUUAAACGGUUGCGGGUUCAAGUUAAAAUUGAUACAAUGA